AGAUAACUUUUUGCAUUGCAUUGAUGAGGUGAGUGUCGUAAAGCAGUUAGGGGUCAUUUAGAUUCUGUGAAACUUACCUUUCUGCCUCCAAGAGAAAAACCAAGACAGACUCGCUCUGGUUUCGAGUUGUAACAGCAGAGGUCCUGUGGACAAGCACCCCUACCCAUCACAAUGGCUACAAGGCGCACCAUCAAGAACAUUGUACACAAUUACACAGAUGCCCAGGUCAAAGUUCGAGAUGCGACCUCCAAUGACCCUUGGGGACCCUCCAGUUCACUCAUGUCGGAGAUUGCGCACCUCACAUACAACGUAAUGGCAUUCUCGGACAUCAUGAGCAUGAUCUGGAGGCGGCUAAACGAUCAUGGGAAAAACUGGAGGCAUGUCUACAAGUCGCUAGUCCUUCUAGAGUACAUCAUCAAGACGGGAUCAGAAAGGGUUGCCCAGCAGUGCCGUGAAAAUAUAUUCGCCAUCCAGACCCUGAAAGAUUUUGAAUUCCUUGAUAAGGAUGGCAAGGACACAGGACUUAACGUUCGAGAGAAGUCAAAGUCACUUGUGGCUCUUCUCAAGGAUGAAGAACGGCUGAAGCAAGAGAGAGUAAGGGCGCUCAAGGCCCAGGAGAGGUUUGCCCAGGCCUCACAGGGUGUAGGAAGUUCCACCGUGGGCAAGACAGAUUUAGAGUCCAGCCACGACAGUAACCAGUCUGAGAAUGCAGCUAACACCACAUCAGCGACACCCCCCAGAUCCCUAUCCACUGAUAUGGAGCAGGCUCGUCCUCAGACUAGCGGUGAAGAGGAACUUCAACUCCAGCUGGCGCUAGCCAUGAGCAGAGAAGAGGCAGAUCAGAAGGAGAAGGAGGUCCGGAGUGAUGACAUUAGAUUAAAAAUGGCACUUGAUGAAAGCAAAGAAGUACAGGUUCCCACUGGAGGCCAGCAAGCUACUACACUGCUGAAUCUUGCAUCCGAUCCCAAAUGGUCUCCACCUGCAGCACAGGAUCCUUGGGGUGCUCCACCUCCAGCCACAUCUUCCCCAGCAUUCAACAACACUCAAGCCAGUGUCACAGUCAAUGAUCCAUGGAAGAACCCUUCACCUGCUCACAAAAACCCACCACCACAAGGAUCUCCCUGGGGCGCAUCUCCACCCUUAGCUGCAGCUGUGCCAGCCAGUGAUCCAUGGGGUGCUCCACCAGCCGCUCCUGCUCCAGCCCCCGCUCCAGCCGAUCCUUGGGGUGGUGUUGCAGCUCCUGCACCAGCCACAACACCGGCACCUGAGCCAUGGGGUUCCACAGCUCCUGCACCAACCAAAAGUGACCCUUGGUCUAUAAACGGUGGUGGUGCUGCACCCGACCCUGAUGCAGAAUUUGACAAGUUGAGAGUGAAGCCUGUUGAGGGAGCAGUCUCUGCCGUGAGCAUAGAUGAUUCCUUUUUUUCAGCACCCGUGGCAGUUCCUUCCUCCAAUAGCAAUGCAUUUGACAUGACAGGAAUGGACCAAGCACUUGGUAGCACUCCAGACAAGAAGAAACCAGAGGAUUUCCUUGGUAAAAACUCCAAAUUGGUCAACCUGGAAUCUCUGAUUGGACCCACCAGGGAGACGGUUGGACAGCCAUCCAUGCAAGGAACCAAUCCAUUCAUGGCGGUACUUGGUAGUGCACCUCCUCCCGUUUCAACAGGUCUCCAAGCUCAACCCCUCAACAACCCCUUCCAACAACAGAGGAUGCCAGCUCCUACCAUUAACCAGAUGAGAGCACAGCCUGUUGUGGAUGUCAAUGCUGGUUUUGGUGGGGGAGGAAUGGGUAUGGGUGGUGGUAUGGCCAUGGGUGGAGGUACUACCCUCCCUCCCCCUCUUCUCCCAGCAAGUAGUGGCCCAUCCCCUGUUCAGCAACAAGCACAAACCAAUCCUUUCUUGCUGUAGCAUUGCCAGUUUCAUCAUUAGUAUUACCACAAAAUGUAUGGUGAUUUCAAAUGGACGUCUUAGCAAUCUUAUAACUGGUCCUCUUCUCAUGCUUAUCAAUUAUCUACAUGCCAAGUCUAUUGUAUGAUACUCUUAGCAUUGAUGUUAAAUUGAAGAUGUUUCUUGAGUGAUAAUAUUAUGAUUAAUAUAUUCUUUAACAAAAUCAUUCAUUUGUAGUGUUUUGUAAAUACAAAUCUAAUGUGUGAAAGCUCAAAUUGUACUCUUGUUAAUUUUGUUUCCCUAUAAAUUCAAAGCUUAAUUUGUGGUGCGAUAAUUUAAGGGAAAGAUAGGUUCAUAUAUACAGGCUGUAUACUGAUUUUUUUUUUCUGCCGUUACUGUACAAUGUACUUUUAUUUAAAAAAAUGUUCAACAGUACAGUGCAAAAUUGAAAAUCAGCUAUUAUUUAACUCUUGUUUAUAUGGUAUAUUAUACAAGGCAAAUGAAUUAGAAUAACUACUUUUAGUUGUACUGUCGCAAAGAAAUAUCUCAGAGAUCAAAUUUUAUGUUGUAUGUAUUGUCAGCUUAAGCCUUAAUUAUUUUGGGGUUCCAUAGGAUUAGCAAUAUAGAUACUCACAUAAUUUACUUAGAAUUUAGAAUUAUGAUGUUUUUUUUCUAUGGAUAAAUGCCCCAAAUAAUGACAUUUUCUGAAGCUUUAUCCUUGUUUGAAGGAUAAAGAUUAAACAUAAUUUUAAUAAUAGUAUUAACUUGUAUGUUAAAGUAUAAAAAUAUAUUAUUGUUUGUAUGUUUUCAAAAUUAUGACCAAAUAUUUCAAAAGAUGACUUUCUGCAAGACCCAUUGCUGCUCUGCACAUCUGUUAACAUAGUCUUAUUUUGCAGUGUAUUUAGUUCUUAUUAAUUUCAUCAUGAUAUUUUCCCAGUCAUGUGUACACCUCUUGCUGCACAUGAAAGGUUAAUUUGGAGUCCUUAUUAUUGAUUGAAGAGCUACGGAAAUAUCUUUAUUUGGAAAUGCAUUUUACAACGUCAGGAAAUCUGCUAUCGUUUUUACCAUGAAUUUCAUUGUCAAUGAUGAAUGCUAGGUCCCUGUUCCAUUUAGAAAUUGCAGUUGACUGCAAAUUGUGCUUGCUCUCGACACUUAUCUGUAAGAGACACUGUCAAAAAUUUGCUAUCAAUUGCAAGUCGAAUUCCAAGUCUUGCAAUUAAUUUCAAACGUGAUAUCGAUUGCUGGUCUGUUUCCUACAAGAAAUGAUUUACAACAUUUAAAUUGAACAAAGGUACGCAAAUUCAAAUUGCUUGCAAAGCAGUUUCUUGCAAUAUGCCAUAAUGUGAAAGUGCAUUAUUUCGUUGUAUUGAAGUUGGUUUGUACGUAUACAUGUACUGAAAUACAUGCACUUUCGCUAGGGUAAUACAGGUAAUAAAUGUACUGUACAUGGAUACAUAUUCAGAAAAUUAGCAAGUAUACAGUGUACUACAUGUAUUUAGUUGUUAGUAGAGGUGUAAUGUUCACCAACAUAUCAGUUGAUAUAUUUAUGUUUAUUAGUGGAAGUUUUAUUUAACUUGUCAAGUAAUUUGCCAGUCUCUUCAGCUGUUUGAGAUUUUUAAAUUGACAAUAAAUGUUGAUGAUUAUGAAAACUUUGCAAAGGAAAGCAAAUGCCUCGGAUACAUGGAAAAUGGCAUGAAUAAGACUUGUUCUCUUGAAGAAACACGAUAGGUUCGUUGGAGGUGAUGAUGGUUGAUUGAUUAAUUAGGCUGUAACCACUGGUUUUUAGAUUUUGAAGUUGGUUCUUACUAUGGUUUUAUGGAAUAAGAUUGAAAUUCAGGACCCUAUAGUGACCUAAAGCUUAGUGAUUGAUCAGGU